AUGCCAGAGUAUGAGACCUUCGAUCUUGGUGACUUCACGUUGCAGAGCGGUGCCGUUCUGCCAGGAGCAUGGAUAGCCUACAAGACGUAUGGAGAACCUGGAUCUCCAGCGGUCAUGUAUCCCACUUGGUAUUCGGGGUUGAUUUCUGAUAAUGAAUGGCUCAUGGGCGAAGACAAGGCGUUGAAUCCCAAGAAGUACUUUAUCAUCAUCGCGGCACUGUUUGGAAACGGCCAGUCGAUCUCUCCUUCGAAUUCAAAGAUAUCGCCCUUCCCGGACGUCACCUUCUACGACAACGUCAAAGCCCAACAUCAGCUGUUGACCCAGAAAUUGGGCGUCCACCACCUUCGCUGCGUGACUGGCUGGUCAAUGGGCGCCGGUCAAACUUUCCAAUGGGCCACGCAAUAUCCCGACUUCAUGGACAUCUGCGUGCCUUUCUGUGGCUCUGCAAAGACAUCGAUCCACAACCAGGUCAUGCUCGAAGGCGUCAAGUCGGCCCUGUUAGCAGCCAAGGGAGCUUCGUCGGCAGGUAGCCCGUUCGGCAGGAUUGAAACAAAGGGGUCCGAAGUCCGUACCUGGAGCGAGGAGGAAAAGAAGGUGGCUCUGAAGGCUUUUGGCCGUGUCUACGCUGGAUGGGGUUUCAGCCAGGCAUUCUAUCGACACAAGGUGUAUGAGAAGGCCUAUGGCUCCAAAGAUCUUGAAGAUUUCAUGGUCAAUUUCUGGGAGGCCUGGGGCCUCAGCAAAGAUCCCGAGAAUCUACUUGUCAUGUUGCAUACGUGGCAAGCAGGCGACGUGAGCCUACAAGAGCCAUACAAUGGCAACUUUGAGAAGGCCAUGGCCAGUAUCAAAGCAAAGACUUUGGUGCUUCCCAGCAAAACCGACUUAUAUUUCCCACCAGAAGACUCUGAAUAUGAGGUCCAGAACAUGACUCCUGGAGCAGGCACCCUCGAUGUCUUUCCGUCCAUCUGGGGCCAUUGGGCCGGAGGUCCUCCUGGGAAUAUGGAGGACGCAAAGUGGUUGGAUGAGAGAUUGGCAAAGCUGCUCGCAGAGGCGCCUAAGCUGGGUUAA